AUUUCAUUAAGUGGUUUAUAGGAGCCCCUAGGUCGUAGUUUUGGCUUGCCAAUUUGCAUAAAUGGUGUGUAUUGUGGAGCCAUAGGUGCCAUAGAUGAAGACGGUGAUUUAGGAGAUCCAGUAUUUUGGUCUGCAGUUGCUUGAGGAGCAGGAACAUCGGCGAGAGUAUCAAGAUUCACCACAAACUUUGGCUGUUCCUCGGAGCCAGUAUCAAUAUUGAUACUUUCAAGGAAGGAUUCAGAGUUGCAUUGUGAUGUAUAA